AAUUGACUCAUGAGAGAGAGAGAGAGGUGCCAAAAAUUGCCUUUGGAGGGGUUCACAGCCCUGUCUGGUGUUCGAUGUUUAUCCUAGCUACUAGCUAGCAAGGAGGAACCGGAUGAGGUACACACGGGCUUUUCCACACAAUCUCUUCAGGGGAGUUGGAUCACUCAUUCCUCUUAUCCCAGGAUGAUAAACUUUGUCGGGCUGAUCUCUUGACACGUGUUGGCAGAUGGCUUAUCGAUUCUGUUCAAAUAUUCUACAGAGGUGUUCUAUAUAAUAUGGUGCUUGUGUAAUUUUGUUUUUGCAUUUUCGUCCUGUUUCUCCUCUCCCUUACCCUUCCUAGAAAAAAUGUCAGCCUUUGUUGGAAAGUAUGCAGGUACUCUCUCUCUCUGUCUUGAGAAUUUAAAUGAGGAUGACCCGAAUGAAAUUGACCUAAUCUUAAACACGCCAAAUCGCCAACACUUGCUUCUUUAGUUUUAGUUUACUGACCGAAGCUUACAAGCUUUUUCUCUGUUGGUGCUUUCAUUAUUUGGCAUGCAUUCUUUCUUAUUACAGCAUGAUUCACGUACUCCCAAUGUAGAGAGCGCACUUAAAAGAGAUCGUUUAAAAUUCAUCAUUGUAUGGUCCUUUUAAUUUAAUUUUUUUUAUUAUUGAAGUUGGUUCUGUCAUAUGGUUAUCUUAGCCUUUUAGUGUUCUGCUAUCUAAGCAUGCUUAUAAGCUAAAGCACAGCUAGCCACAACCGAUUAACGUGUAGUUUUCGUAGUACCUGCCAACGAAGUAGAGAAACAGGCAUAUCAUCUCAUCUCUGACCAUGUUAAAUGUUAUUUCUUCAUUCCAUCUGCGUGUAUGUUGAAGCUUGCUGCUGGCUAUUGGUUGCUUGCAUGUAAGGCCUCUGUGAGCAGUGCGUGCAUCAAUGCUCGUGCGUUCCCUGAGGAACUGAUCAAGAAUGCCAAGUACAUUGCCACCCCGGGCAAGGGCAUACUGGCGGCAGACGAGAGCACAGGCACCAUAGGGAAGCGCCUGUCGAGCAUCAACGUCGAGAACAUUGAGUCCAACCGCCAAGCCCUCCGCGAGCUCCUCUUCACUUCUCCGAACGCCCUCGCCCACCUCUCCGGCGUCAUCCUCUUUGAAGAGACCCUCUACCAGAAGACAUUGGAUGGUAAGCCCUUCGUCGAGGUCCUCCAAGAAAACCAUGUCAUUCCAGGCAUCAAGGUGGACAAAGGCACCGUGGACAUUGCCGGGACCAAUGGGGAGACCACUACGCAGGGCCUCGACUCGCUUGGUGCCCGAUGCCAGCAGUACUACAAGGCCGGGGCCCGAUUCGCCAAGUGGCGGGCGGUCUUGAAGAUCGGUCCAACCGAGCCAUCUGAACUGGCAAUUCAGCAGAACGCACAGGGGCUCGCACGGUACGCCAUUAUUUGUCAGGAGAACGGGCUGGUGCCCAUUGUUGAGCCGGAGGUUUUGACGGAUGGGGCUCAUGACACUAAGAAGUGUGCUGCCGUGACCGAGACUGUAAUUGCUGCGGUUUAUAAGGCAUUGAAUGAUCAUCACGUUCUGUUGGAAGGCACCCUCCUCAAGCCCAACAUGGUUACUCCAGGAUCCGAUAGCCCCAAGGUACCUCCUGAGGUGAUUGCAGAGCACACAGUCACAGCACUGCGUCGAACUGUCCCGGCGGCAGUGCCGGGGAUAGUGUUUUUGUCGGGUGGGCAGAGCGAGGAGGAGGCGACCCUAAACCUGAAUGCGAUUAAUAAGCUGGAGGUGGUGAAGCCAUGGACGCUGUCGUUCUCCUUUGGGCGAGCUCUGCAGCAGAGCUCCCUGAAGACGUGGGCAGGGAAGAAGGAGAAUGUUGGGAAGGCUCAAGAAGCGUUCUUGGGGAGGUGCAGGGCAAACUCCAAGGCCACGCUGGGGAAGUAUGCGGGUGGGAGUGAUGGUGGGUUGGCUUCUGAGACUUUGUUUGUGAAGGGUUACAGUUACUAGCUAGCUGGCUAGCUAGCUUGGCCUCUCACUUUGUUGGGAAACGGUGGGUCAUGAAAUGUUUAAUUAACUUGUAUUUCCACCUUGCUUAAUUAUAUAUACAAAAGGUGUUUAUUCAUUCUAA